ACUAGCUCAGUUUCCAUAAUUGCACGACACAGCUCCUUUACAUAGCAGAGAGCUCUAAAUGAGAGAAAUGGAACUUGUCUUUGUCACGGCCGUUAUCAGCUUACUUGCUCUGGAAUGCCGUGGAAUUGAAGUGAAGAGCAAAGGACAAUGGUCGCGUUAUGGAACAUGUUAUGCUAAAGGACAAGGGUCGCAUUAUGAGGCAUGUGACGCUAAAGAUUCUGAUCCGUGUAAUAAGUGCAACCACAAAAUAUUGGACAGCCCUGAUCGAGCUGAAGGAUUUUAUACCGAUGACCAACCUAAAUGUGACUUGAUGUCAUGGGACAGAGUGAGAUAUGAUACUUGGUAUCGAUUCAACGGGUCAGCGGGCACAGCCAUGCCAACUCAUUGCGUUGAGACGAUGCGAUGCGGUGCCGAGGCACCAGGUUGGUUGUACGGUGGCCAUCCCAGAGAAGGUGAUGGAAUUUCUACUCGUUCAGUCUGCUUCAACUGGCGAGAGAAAUGCUGUUACUACAGAAAUGAGAUCAAGGUUAAGAACUGCCGUGGAUUUUUUGUGUACAAAUUCAGAGAUCCUCCUAUGAAUUUUCUUCGAUAUUGCGGGAAUGGCUCAAGGAAUGGAACUGAGAAUCCAUGUUUGUCUGGUGACUACAUCACCCUCAGAGGAGCGAGCCGAGCUCAAGGCUUUAAAACGUCUAAAGGAGCUAAGUGUGACAGGGACAUUUUCAAUGAAGUGGAGGCUUGGUAUCGCUUUGAUGGCAAAGCAGGUUUCAUGAUGGCUGAUAAAUGUGUUCCCACCAAGCAUUGCGGUACGAACGCACCUGGUUGGCUUCGUGGUGGUCAUCCCGACGACCCCUCUGAAGGAGAGGUUGAAAGAACAGUUUGCUUUCACUGGAAAAAAGACUGCUGUGCAUGGAAGACUCGAGUGAAAGUGCGAAAUUGUGGAACAUUUUUUAUUUAUUACUUGAAACAAGACCCGAUGGUAGGCUGCAGCUUUCGUUAUUGUGGCAAUGGCAAGGGUCCAACUCCAGGCCCAGAAAAGCCAACAACACAAGUCUCCACUUCAGAAACGGAAUCUCCAACACGAAUGAUAACAACACCCCAAGGAUCUCCAGAUGUCGACGUCGUUUGCGGAAAGAACGAGAUGAAAAUAAGCAUUCCAAAGACCCUCCUUAAAGGCAUAGACGUGGAGCAUGUUCGUCUGUCUGAUGUAAACUGUGGAGCCACUGAGAGCCCAAACGGCGAUCGCUUUAUUCUCCAUACGGAAUUGACUAAAUGUGGCACAAAAAGCAGACACGCCAAGAAUUUUGUAAUUUACAAAAACAAGGUGGAGGAAAUUCCCAUUGAAAAUGGUCAGAUAAUCACACGAAUCCGCGAAGUGGAAAUACCCUUCAGCUGUUGUUACUCAAACACAGGAGUCGUAUCCGCUGUUGGUCUACAGGUGACGAGCAAGAAGAUCAUUUUCUCCAAGAAAGGAUUCGGGCAAUUCAUCCUGGAAAUGAAAAUAUUCCCAAAUAGCGAUUUUGUCAAUGAUUACAGAAAGGAAGACUUCCCAGUAUCCGUCCCAUUGAGGAAACGUUUGUUUGUGAAGGUCAGCGUCGAUACAGACGACGAGAGGCUUGAGAUUAUGGCAGAGACAUGCUUUGCCACGCCUGAUCCCGAUCCCAAUAAACCUGCAUUGAAAUAUAUGUUCAUCGAAGACGGGUGCGCAACAGACGAGACCGUGGAAUACAUUUCAUCAGACGAUCAGCGAAACAAAAAGUUUAGCCUGGAAGCGUUCAAGUUCUUAGGCGAACAUGAAUUUGUGUACAUGCACUGCAAAGUCAAGAUAUGUAACGCAAAUGAUCCAACCUCACGCUGCGCACAAGGCUGUCUGUCUGACAGACAAAAGAGGUCCUUGUAUGCUGAGGAAAACGAUGACGAAGAGUAUCUAUUGGCCCAAGGACCUUUCAUGCGUAAGGAAGAAUUCAACGAGGAAUCAGUUUUACAAGAUACUAAAGAACUACACGACAUGAAUAUCAAAGCUGCUGAGAAGAGCAGUCCUUUUGUCAUUGCUUCCACCAUGACGAGUGUGCUAUGCAUGAUGGGAAUGUCAUAUAUGCUGUGGUACAAGAAAUCGCGAGCUCAUCAGGGCUACACUCCUGUACAAGUGAAAGCAGAUUAAAUAUGUCAUCGUUCGGUUUAUUGAUUACUUCUAUUUUGUUUCAAAAUCCACUGCGAAAUUCUAUUGAAUUUAGAUACUUUUGGAUUCAUGACUUUCGUUUUUAGAUUUAGUUAAUCUUUCUAUGCAGCAAUUGCGCUCAUACUUUUGUGUACUUACUACCAAUUGCAAUAUUUUCAAAAUUUGCAUUCAGUAUUUAACUCGGUAGGACUUCCCUGACAAUUACCUUGUUAAAUUGGAACACCCUUCACCCUGAAGGGUACACUCCCAUUUAUUUUAUUAUCUGGCAUACCUGAUUAAGAUGUUCAACACACCUAA